AUGGAAUCCAAGAUAAAUAAUAAGACUUGUCAAGAAGGGUUGCACCACAGAAUCUCUGCAUUGCUUGAAUUUUCAGCCUCAGAUGAUGUAACAGCGUUCAAGGAAGCUAUUGAGAAAGAGGGCCAUAACGUUGGUGAGAUUGGAUUAUGGUAUGGUAGGAGAAUUGGAACAAAGGAAGUUGGAUAUGAAGAGAGAACCCCUCUUAUGAUUGCUGCAACGUUUGGCAGCAAGAAUGUCUUGUCUUACAUUCUCAAAACAGGCAAAGCUGAUGUCAACAAAUCUUGCGGCUCGGAUUCAGCCACGGCGCUCCACUGCGCCGUGGACGGAGCCUCCCCAGCCUCCGCCCAAAUUAUUAAGUUGUUGCUUGAUUCUUCAGCGAAUCCUAACGCCGUGGAUGCCAGAGGCAACCGGUGCUAUGACUUGGCUGUCUCCAUGCCCUCCAUCUACAACACAAGAAAGAAGGCCGUACAAUCGGUUCUAGAAGGGGCGAACAAUGUAUAUAAGAAGGAGGCAACAUCGAUUGGAAUAUCAUCAAGCUUGAACGAGAGAGGCAAGGUAGCUGCUGGUACGGCAGAGUUUCCGGUGUCUCCUCGGUAUAAAGAGUUUCCGGUGGACCACUCGCUACCGGACAUAAAGAACGGUAUAUAUAGCACGGACGAGUUUAGAAUGUAUACCUUCAAAGUGAAACCAUGUUCGAGGGCGUAUUCACACGAUUGGACAGAGUGUCCUUUCGCGCAUCCUGGCGAGAAUGCCAAGAGGCGCGACCCGAGGAAAUACCAGUACAGCUGCGUUCCCUGUCCGGAGUUCCGGAAAGGGAGCUGCAGCAAAGGAGAUUCAUGCGAAUACGCGCAUGGAAUCUUCGAGUGCUGGCUUCACCCAGCUCAAUACAGAACAAGGCUGUGCAAGGACGAGAUGGCAUGUACUAGAAGAGUGUGUUUCUUCGCGCACAAGCCAGAAGAAUUACGUCCUCUGUAUGCUUGUUCUGGCUCUGCAUUGCCUUCUCCCACGUCUUAUUCGCCAAGUGGCGCUAAUUCAUUGGACCUUUGUUCAUCCUUAUCGUCACCAGAUGGUGGUGGAUCUGGAUCUUCACCGGUAUGGCAAACUCCUCAAGCUAAGCUUCCCAAAAGCAGGCUAAACCUAGCCCUCAGCGCUAGAGAUGUUAAUCUUGACAUCCAGUCGAUCGGCCUUGAAAGCCGGCGACUGAUGCAAAAGCUUAUGAUGGAAGAGAUGGUUUCAUCAGCAUUAUCUCCCAAUUCUUCCACCUGGAGAAACUCGUUGCCUACGAGUCCAUCUUUCGGUUCUCCGGUUCCCUCUCCGACUAAUAUUUGGGGAAGUCCUUCCAACUAUUCUCCUUCACCUUCAAAAGUCAUUGGAUCGCCGGCGGCAUACGGCCUGGAUCUUUCCGGUGGUGGCGUCUCUUUGCGGAGUCCGAGCGAGAUUCCUUCUCCUUCGAAAAACUCCAUAGGCAUGGAAUCGUCGCCGUCUACCUUGUUUGGUUGGGGUUCCCCUGAUGGAAAAUUAGAUUGGUCCAUUCGCAGAGAUGAGUUGAACAAAAUGCACAAGUCAAAUUCAUUCGCCUUUCGAAGCACUGCUAAUCUUGUUACGACUCCGGAGCUGGCGGAGGAUGCUAUUGAUGAACUAGAUGUGUCUUGGGUUAGUUCUCUUGUGAAGGAUUCUUCGAGCAACAACUACUCCACCAUGUUAACACAUGAACAGUUUAAUGUCAUGAUUUCUCAACAUUUCAACAUGGCCGAUAACGGAGUUCACCAACUCACUCAGGCCGAACUCAUGGCCCAGAUGGCUGAGCUACAAGCAGAAGUCAGAAGACUUGGUGAAGUGUCCACCCAAAACAGCGCCAGUAAACAUGAGGAGAAUGAUUCGAAAGGCCCAGUCAAAGGCAAUGCAGACCUACUAAGCAUCAACCCGCCAAAGGAGAAGCUAACCUUAGACAACCCGUUCUCCGAAGAAAUCACCAAUUACCAGAUGCCAAAGAAUUUCACACUACCUUCCUCGCUCGAGCCAUAUAAGGGGAUUGGUGACCCCGGGGAUUUCCCUACUUUCCUUGAUGGAGCUGCAUUACUUUGGUUUUCAAAAUUACCUCCAGGUUCAAUCUCUUCAUUUGAAGAGCUGGCGAAGUCCAUCAUCGACUACUUCGCGGCAGCACAAAUAUAUGUACACGGAUCAGAUUACUUUGGCACCAUCCGCCAAAGUCCACAAGAAAGCUUGAAAGACUACAUGACCAGAUUUGCAGAGGCAACCAUGGAGAUACCAGAUUUGGACCCUGCUGUCCACCUACAUGCCCUUAAGGCCGGUCUCCGACCCCGAAAGUUCAGAGAGACAAUCGCGGUUACUAAGCCGAAGACGUUAGAAGAAUUCCGAGAAAGGGCGGCCAGACAGAUGGAGAUUGAAGAGCUCCUUGAAGCCGAAAGAAUAGAAAGAAAACAACCUAGGAGAGAGGAAGACAUAAUGACAAGGUCGGUGAAUAACAAAGACUCCAGAAAGCCCUUCAAGCUCACCCCAAAAUUUGACAAUUACACCAGAUUCAACACAAAGAGGGAGAAGAUAAUUAAAGAAAUACUCAACGCUAAAAUCAUAAAACCUCCAGCAAGAGUAGAAAGCUAUCAAGACUAG